CCACUCUCUCUCAAGGACGGUUAAGAGCAUCAGCUACGAAAACAGCUUCUCGUCUUCCUCCACCAAACCCUCACGAUCGCUAUCUUCUUCAUCUUGAAGCCUAAGCCAAUCUAGCUCAAUGUCACAUUCUUCUUCUAUUAACCUCCUUCAUUACCAUUACCUCCCUCCUUGUCUCAACCACUCUUCCUUCCGCUUCUGCCUCACUGCUCCAUCUUCGCAUCGGUGGUCUAGUCCUCACGACGACUGCUCCAUCUUAGCCAUGCCCACUACAACUCUCCCUGGCUCUUCUUCUCCCUUCAAUGUCCCACAUAGUGUCAGGACGAAAAAGCUAAAUGGGCAGCAGAAAAAAGAAGAGAUAGAGAAAGAGGUGUGGAUGUUACGGGAGAUGCUGGAUCAAGAAGAAAAGACACGUGAGAUAUUGGAGAGAGUACAAAAACAUCAACUUCCUUCUUCUUCCUCUUCCAUUUCUCUUCCUUCUUCUCUUCCUCCUAAGAUGAAGGAACUAAUAACGGAACUAUCGAUAGUGGAAGGAGAAAUCUCGAGACUAGAGAUUCAAAUAAGCCAUCUCCAGAUAAAUCUCAAGCAAGAACAAGAUGAAACAUUGAGACAAGCAACAACAAGUUCAUCAAGAAGAGCAUGGCAAACUAGUGAGAGUUACAAUCAUGAUGACAAUACAACUUCUCUUCAAGCUCCGGUAUUACAAAAAUACCAUAAUCUCCCACCUCCAAGCCCUAUGGUGAACAAAGCCACGAUGAAGAAUGAAAACAGCAACACCAAAUCUUCUACUAGUCAUCAUCAAGAGAAUACAACAUUUAAUACAAAGACAUUGCAUUUCAUCAAUAAAGCCAUAAAAGCCGAUUACGCGACUGAAAGCUUCCACAAAUCUAAGGAAAGAGUUGGAACAGUAUUCGAGAAGGAAAAUCAUCGAUCAGUUCAACAAGAAAAUAAGUUGCAAGAGAGUAUUAAUAUGAAGAAGAUGAUUAGGACGAUGAAAUCGCCUUCGCCUCUACGUGAACCUAGAUACUCCUCUCCCAAGCUUAAUAAGGAUCGUGUAGCACUUGAUACAUCACUAGACCUCCCACCAAAAUCUCUAUCAAGUACACUUUUGAUGGAAGAUGGACAAAACGUACAGAAGUGGCACCCAAACAAACUUGCCGAGAACAUCAUGAAGUGUCUCAACUUCAUCUACGUUCGUCUCCUUAGAACCACAAGAGUCAUGGAGCUAGAGAAAUCUGGUCCCAUCUCGAGAUCAACUCCUUUCUCUGUGAGCUCAAGAAGCUUUAGGGUCGACAACGCAACCUCGGGUUUGUCUAAAUCCAUGAAUCUUGUGUCCUGUAAAGAAUCAAGACAGCAAGAUCCAUAUGGAAUAUUUGAUGUAGAAGCAUCUUUGGCUAGAGACAUUGGUCCGUACAAGAAUCUUGUCAUCUUCACUUCAAGUUCUAUGGAUUCCAAGUGCAUUUCGAGCUCUAGCUCGGUUUCUUUGAUCCGGAAACUCAGGGUGUUGAUGAACAAUCUUGAGACAGUGGAUCUGAGAGUGUUGAGCCAUCAACAAAAGCUAGCAUUUUGGAUCAACAUGUUCAAUGCAUGUGUCAUGCAUGGAUAUCUACAACAUGGAGUUCCAAAAACAACUGAGAAAUUACAAUCUCUUGUUUACAAUAAGGAUCGGCACGAAGAAAUGAUCAUUCGUAAACUAUACGGCGUAGAUGCAAUGGACCCUAACAUCACAUUUGCUCUCUCUUGCGGAACUCGAUCUUCUCCUGCCGUGAGGAUAUACACUGGAGAAGGAGUGACAACGGAGCUAGAGAAAUCGAAAAUGGAGUAUCUGCAAGCCUCGGUGGUGGUUACGGCGGCUAAACGGGUAAUCUUGCCGGAGCUUCUUGUGAAACACGCCGCCGAUUUUGUGGUGGCAACGGCGAAUGGCAGCGGCGGAGAGAUGGUAUCUCUGGCGAAAUGGGUUUGCAACCAAUUAACAACCUCUGGUUCCUUGAGAAAAUCAAUGGUGGAUUGUUUUAAGAAUCAAAAUUCCAAAGCUUCUUCUUCCUCUCUGGUCGUUGACAAGAUCCCUUAUGAUUUUGAGUUUCAGUAUCUUUUAGCCAUUUAAAUUUACUAAUUUUUUAUUCGUUGUUCUUGUGGAUAUCUCUGUUUAAAGUAAAAACAAAAAACAAAAGUUUGUAAAUCACGUGUGUAUAUGGCUAUAUGCUUAAUCAUGAUCGUUUUAUUACAUCUUAUGGUCAUCUUACAUCCUUUUUUUCUCAAUACAUGUGAAAAUUG